AUGUGGUGCCUGAUUAGCCAACCGAAUUCGGUGGUUUUCGAAGUACGAGGCAUCGAUCCGAAGUCCAUAGGGCAGAAGUGCCUGGAAAAAGUGUGCGAGUAUCUUGGCAUAUCCAACGAAUCUGACUAUUUCGGACUCAAGUUCGAAAACAAUAAGGGCGAAGAAUUGUGGCUGAACUUGCGCAAUCCCAUCGACAGACAGGUGCAUUGCCACGGCCCCUCCAACCCCCUCAGGUUGGCCUUGAGGGUUAAGUUUUGGGUGCCGCCGCACCUGCUCCUGCAGGAGACCACCAGACAUCAAUUUUACCUGCACACCAAAGUCGACCUGCUGGACAAGCAGCUGCUCGCCAAAGACUGGGAGAGCGUUUCGACCCUCAUCGCCCUCAUCGCGCAAGCCGAAACGGGCGACUACAAACCCUUCAACCCCCCGCACACCACCUAUGUGCAGGCGUCUUCCAUCUCGCCGACGGACGACUCUCCGAAGCCGCCCGAUCUGCUGCAGAAGAUCAUCGGCAAACAUCGGCAGUUCGCCGGCAUGAAGAGCACCACCGCUGAGUAUUGGCUGCUCAAAGAGGCGGCCGAGUUCGAGACCUUCGGGGAGGAGAGGUUCGUCACCAAGCAUUCCGGAGGCGUCACCCUAGGUGUGGGACCCCAUGGUAUCACCAUCUACCGCAACGACCAGCCGAAGCAGUUGAUCUCCUUCACCAGCAUCUUGAGCGCCUCUUCUCACAAACGCAUCUUCAAGCUGGAGUACCUGUCGCUGGAAAGCAAGGAAACCCUGCUGGAGAUCAAGCUCGAUUCUAGUCACGUCGCGAGCAGUCUCUACAGAGCUCUCACCGAAAAACACGCCUUCUAUAGCUGCGAAACGGUUAGGAGUGCAGUGACCACUCAGUUCAUCAGGGACCUGAAGGGGACCAUCGUCUCGAUCUUCAACGAGGACUCGACCUUAGGCAAGAAAUACGUCUUCGACAUCCAGAGGACUUGCAGGGAGGUGUACGACAAUGCGAGGAGGGUGCUGUAUCAGGAGAACAUCGCGCAGGUGCCCAAAAUCGAGCCGGGUUGCUUCCACGACGACGGAGUCAGUUGUAAGGACUCCGAGGAAAAAUUGCACCGACUCAUGGACGCGCUCACGUGCAAGAUAUGCAUGGACAACCAGAUCGACGUCGUCUUCCUGCCUUGCGCCCACGUGGUCGCGUGUACGUCAUGCGCCGCGCGAGUCGAUCGUUGCCCCCUCUGUCGGUCGGAAUUCGAGCGGGCGCAGAAGCUCUAUUUGCCCAGCGAGUUUUGCCGAGAGCUGGCCACGUAAUCAGAUAAGGAGAUUCUAGUGUUGUUCAUAAUCGGAUUAUUUAUUAUUCUGACGAUAUUCAAGUGAUUUGAAAAAUCGGAUUAUCGUAGGAGUUGAUUAUUCGAAAAGUUGUCAUGUGUCACGUCAGCCGUCAGAUGGUCAUUUCAUUGAUAAUCAUGUCAGAAUUGUUAGAAGUCACAAAGGGUGUGUUUUUCAUUCCAACAAUUCAUCAUGCACAUGAAUCAAAGAAACCAUCGAACUAUUACAAAAUUCCACUGAAUUGUUGCUGGAAGUUCAUAAAACUGUUAUAAAGUUCGAAUUUCAAUUUGUUUUGCGGGAAUCCAGCGGUUUGGAUAUUGUUUGAGUAUUUUUCCUUGUUUUGAAUUGAAAGAGUACGAAAAAUAUUGAGGAUUUUUGAGAUUCUUGAGAGAUUUAAGUAUAUGGAGUGAGUGUUAAUCAAGAAAAUCAGUCUCUUCGGAUUCUCAAGACAAAUGACAGACUGACAUAACGAAAUCCAUUUUUCAUCAAUGUGUUGUAUAUUCGGGUGUGUUUUUCAUUCCAUCGAAGAAGGUCCGCACUGAUAGAUGCGCCUUUUUUGCGUGACGUCACAAAUUUUCUGAUCAAAUUUAUGAUGGAACCGACGCCGCAAUGGAAAAAACGGAUUUCGUUGUGUCAGUCUGUCAUGUAUCUUCAGAAUCUGAAGAGGCCAUUAAGAUUUUAUUGAUUAACAAUAAUUCUAUCCUCUAAAAUCUCUGAAAAAUCUCAAAAAUCCUCAAUUUUUUUUAUUCUAUCAAAUUGAAACAAAAAACAAGACUUAAAAUGUGACAAUCGUCAUGUCAAUCUCCUCCAAACCACUGAAUUAUCUCAAAACAAAUUGAAAGUGUGCAUGUCAAAACAACAGUUUUAUGAAUUCCGAUCAACAUUCCAGCAGAAUUUUGCAACAGUUCCAUGGUUUCUUCGAUUCAUGUGCAUGACAAAUUAUUGGAAAAAAAACACACCCUUCCAUUGUUUCAUCGGUUCCAUCAGAACAAUUAUUGACGUCAUGACAAAAAUGUGCAUUAUUAAUGGAAUGCAAAACAAACCCAAAUCAGUUGAUUUUGAUAUUUUUGAUUACUUAUUAUUGGUAUCAUAUUACUUCUGACCUAGUCCUGUUCGUUUAACAGGUAACCAAACUCUUAUGACAACAGACACAUGACAGUUUUGACAUUGACAGGUAUAGUAGGUACCUACUAUUUCAAUCAAGUUAUUUUUCAUUGGUAUUCUCCCAACACUGAUAGAAUUAUUUUCGAUUCGAAUUGUAACUUCACUAGAAAAUUCGUACGUGGAGAGAUCCAAGACUAGAGGUGCGGACAGUUUUCAUAAAACUAGUCUUUUGAGUGUCGUAUUUUUUUGUUUGACAAAUCGACGAUAAUAAUUACGUGCUAGGAUAUCUUGACUGUUGAAUGUUUCUUGUGAUUAGAAUCUCAUAUUGAGAUUCGCUUGUUAAUCUGAACGGUUUUAAGUUUGGCAACUUAAAGUUUUGUGUAUGUGCAGAUCGAGCAGGCUGGAUGACACUUUUGACAAAUUUGAUGAAAUUCCUGUGUUUUUGCAGGACCGAUGAAAAAUUAUUCUCACAUUGUCAUACAUUACCCAAUGUUAAUGCUAUUUUCACUCCUAAAAUAUUCGUAUACAGUGUGUCCAACUUUGAGCGGCACCACUCUUUAAUACUUUCCUAUUUAUUAACCGAAUUGAAAAAAAUUCGCUCAAUAUGUAUUCGUAUACAGGGUGAUUCAAAAUUCGAUGUGAAUAUUUCAAGGACAUAUUGUAGGUAUCAAAAUAAGACUUUUUCUUCAUAUAAAGGUCAUCUAAAAUUGUGACUAAAAUUAAGGGUGAGAUCUUCUGAAAACUGGCAUAUACUCCUGUAUUUUUGGACACUUCAUUUCCUUUUUGAUUAAAAAAUUAUAUAAACCCAGUUUUGGGGGAGUUGAAGGGGGGUCCACACUUUUAUUCGCCCAAAUUUUAUGUUACAAAAAGAUAAACUCUGACUUCGAAUAGCAUGAUCUUGUGGGCCAUAAAAAAAAACUUGAGAACUCGGUCUCUUGCAUUUCUUCGUACAACUAACCGAUUGCCAGAAAAUCGUAAUCAACGAGAGAGGAAGUCACGACAUCGUUUUCUAGAAUGGGUGGGUUAUUUAAACGCUUGCAUACGGAGGUGAUCGGAUAUCGGAACGGAUUCUAGACGCACUAGAUCCGUUAUUAUGAUCACAAUGUCAGAUCUUUUUUUUACCAAACUUACAGUGGCAGAAGCCCAGAAAGGGUGCAUUUCAGGUUAGGUGUGAAUGACGAAAAAUGCUCAUUUUGGUCCCGACAAUACGUCCUUGACAUAUUUAAAUCGAAUCUCGAAUCACUUGGUUUAUUACUCAAUAACAGGCCAUGACACCAUAUGAUCAAUUGAAACUACAAAGAAUCUGUUAAUUAGUAAUAUCAGGCAAUUUUUUUAUCGGAAAACUAAUAUCACCAGCAUGGUGGGAUACUGAUGUGAUAUCAUAUACAAAAAUGU